GUGGGGUUAGAGGUCAGAAACUGAGACCGACUCCCCGUUUACCGAAUCUGUUUCUCUACGGUUCUGCUGCUGCUGCAUCCCGGGACAAUGUGACCCUGCACGGAUCACCUUCAUUAGCUAGUUGGAAACCGUUACGAAGUUUGGUCGGUCGACGUGCACGGUUGAGCAUUUCGAGAGUAGUGCCCACAUAGCGUCCCCUGCUGCGUUAUAGCGACCCAUUUAAACGGCUGCAGCUUGCCACAGCAGCGGGAGGUAAGAUAAAAGGGGCGCUGCCGGUUAGCAUCAUGUGUCUCCAUUAGCAUGCCAUUAUCUCCCACCUCGGCUAAAUCAAGAUAAUUUUGGUGCAAAGUUCUCUGGUUUAUGACCUAAUUAGCGUGCGCUAGUUAUUGGUGCAGGGUGGAUGCAAUGAGUUAGCUAGUUUUACAACUUAGCUAAAGUUUGCUACUUUUAAUAGCUUGAAGUUACUGUCAACAGAUUAUAGAUAGCUAGCAAGCUAAUAAUUAGCUAGCAUGAUAAGCUAACCAUAUAACCGAACCAGACUGCAGCACGUCAGUGAAAGUGACUGGCGCAUCUCACCUGGCAAAUGGCUAACAACAAGCUAACUUGAUAGCUAGUUAGCUAACUUAUUUAGCAACAGGCAACGUCUAAUUUAACUACAAACUUUGAUCAUAUUUGAAGUGAAGUUGCUAGCUAGCUGGCUAGUUGACUACAGUGUCAUUUCCUCCCUCGUCCCUACACCGCAUCAUCAAUUGUCGCCUACCUCUCCCCGGGAGCUCCAUCGAGCCAUGCGACAGUGGUGCCUUCCGGCUGCGGCACCGCGAACCGAACCUCUGCCCACAGGGUGCCACUCACCCCCGCUAUCAGAUGUCAGGAUGGAGUGUUGUGAGGUGGAGCCACGCUAUACCAUCGAGCAGAUCGACCUCCUCCAGCGUCUCCGUCUCUCAGGGAUGACCAAGCCACAGAUCAUCCAGGCUUUGGCGUCCCUAGAGCGGCUAGAUCCCGACCAGCGCCCCCCGUACUGCAACGACACACACACCGCCAACCCCAUAACCAACACUACCCCUAGCACAGCCUCUGUCCCAGCCCCCUCCUCCUCUUCCUCCUCUUCUUCCUCCCUCUCCCUGGCCUCCGUCACCACGCAGACACCCGGGCUGGAUGGCGCCUCCAUGUCGCCUAGCAACAGCUACGAAACCUCGCCCCCGCCGCUGUACCCCCCGGCAGUCGGAGUUCAGAGGUCAUUCAGCUAUGACAUCAUGGCGGAGGAGGACUGGGACCUGGAGGAGAAGGUUGAGGAGUACAUGAGGAGGGACAGUAACCUGGUGAAGGAGGAAAUCAAGGCCUUCCUCAACAACCGUAGGAUCUCCCAGGCCAUCGUAGGACAGGUUACAGGUAUCAGUCAGAGUUAUAUCUCUCAGUGGUUGCUGCAGCAGGGCUUGGAGAUGAGCGACUCCAAACGCAGAUCUUUCUACCGCUGGUACCUGCUAGAGAAGAGCAACCCAGGGCUGAGGUGGAGUGAAAACCAGCAUGGCCCGGCGGGUCUGGGCCUGGGGCUCAGUGGUCUCGGCCAGGGGCUGGGCCAAAACCUGGGCUCUGGACCCAGGGCAGCCAGGGGAGGGGACAGAGACGGGACGGGCAACGCCGCCACGGGCACCUUGGCCACUACAGCCGCGACCUCCUCCACCACCUGGGGCAGACAGAGAGAGCUGCUGAUGCACCUGUUGCCAUGGUACACUGCAGCCGCCGCACAGCCAGGUGCUACCCUGUCGAUGCGCUCCCUGGUGAAGGAGGAGCCUGAUUGGAGGACGGGGGUCAGCCCCGGGGAGAGGGGCGGGGUGGUGGGCGGUCCUCUGAGGCUGCGGAGGGGAAGCAGGUUCACCUGGAGGAAGGAGUGCCAGUCAAUCAUGGAGAGUUUCUUCGUGGAGAACCAGUACCCUGACGAGGCGAAGAGAGAGGAGAUCGCUAAUGCCUGCAACUCAGUCAUUCAGAAACCUGGAGGAAAGCUGUCUGAGUUUGAGCGUGUCACGGCUCUGAAGGUGUACAACUGGUUCGCCAAUCGCCGGAAGGAGAUGAAGAGGCGGGCUAAUAUAGAGGCGGCCAUCUUGGAGAGUCAUGGUAUCGAGGUUCGCAGCCCGAGCUGUCACUCCAACGGGGAGGAGCUGGAGCCACAUGACUACGCAGAGCAAGUGAAUCAACGAUUCUUAGAGCAGGAAGAGAUUUCAUCUAGGAAGGACCUUGAUCAACAAGACCCCUCAUUGGCUGCCGUCAAUGACCUUCCCCCUCCUAGCCCCGCCCCUCAGGUCCUGGAACACAAAGCUGACGAAUCGAAAAGGGAGACUGUGGAUGAGGAGUGACCUAUGGGAGAAGAGCGUCACUAAAGUGUGGAUUUUUACAUAUAUAAGGGAUUUUAAAAAAGAAAGAAAAAUGACUGCUCUGAGUGACUGUUCUCCUAGAGGUCUUCAGGGGUUAUGUCUGCUCUGAGUGUCUGUUCCCCUAGAGGUCUUCAGGGGUUAUGUCUGCUCUGAGUGUCUGUUCCCCUAGAGGUCUUCAGGGGUUAUGACUGCUCUGAGUGUCUGUUCCCCUAGAGGUCUUCAGGGGUUAUGACUGCUCUGAGUGUCUGUUCCCCUAGAGGUCUUCAGGGGUUAUGACUGCUCUGAGUGACUGUUCCCCUAGAGGUCUUCAGGGGUUAUGACUGCUCUGAGUGUCUGUUCCCCUAGAGGUCUUCAGGGGUUAUGACUGCUCUGAGUGUCUGUUCCCCUAGAGGUCUUCAGGGGUUAUGACUGCUCUGAGUGUCUGUUCCCCUAGAGGUCUUCAGGGGUUAUGACUGCUCUGAGUGUCUGUUCCCCUAGAGGUCUUCAGGGGUUAUGUCUGCUCUGAGUGACUGUUCCCCUAGAGGUCUUCAGGGGUUAUGACUGCUCUGAGUGACUGUUCCCCUAGAGGUCUUCAGGGGUUAUGACUGCUCUGAGUGUCUGUUCCCCUAGAGGUCUUCAGGGGUUAUGACUGCUCUGAGUGACUGUUCCCCUAGAGGUCUUCAGGGGUUAUGACUGCUCUGAGUGUCUGUCCUCCUAGAGGUCUUCAGGGGCUAUGACAGUCAGAGUUAAUAGUGGAAAAGGGUGCUACAGGUCGCUCUGGUGCCUCUAGUGGUAGGGAGGCCACUGUAUGUAUACAGUAAUCAUGCUUUAUAGUAAUGGCAAUAUUUAUCUCUAUAUAUAUAUAUAGUGCAUUCCAAGACUGUCUUAAACGAAAGACAACUCCUUAGAAGGAAGAGGGUUGUACCGGUAAGCGGAUAUAUCGUCCCUUCUAUAAGCUAAAAGCCUUUCUUUAAAAAUAUGUAUUUGCAAUUUUUCUUUUCAAAAGGUAUUGACGAGUGGUUGUGUAAAAUGGAACUGUAGCGAAGUGGAGUGAGUAAGGAAUGUUUUCAACCUGCAGGUCAGGUGUGUUCGAUGAUAAGGUGAGUCGGGUGUGUUUGGUUGAAGCGAGCGAGGCUGAGUUUGGUUGAUCUCUGGUGUGACGAUAGUGUUUCGAUUAAUAGCGUGAUAAUAUCCGCCUUCUCUGCUAGCUUGAAUGUCUGACCUGAUCUUAGUAAACCUUGUUAGACUUUGGGCUCAAUCUAUCGAUCGGGUCAAGUGAUUAAUCAAGUCGUCCGGUCAGUGUUAACAGUCCAACCCUGAGGGACAAACGGUAUCUCAGGUAAACCCAAACAUGGUGGAUGAGGCUGAUGAAUCGUCCAAUAUUUCUCUGUAAUAAGCUUGUUCAAAUUAAUGUUUCAUAUCAUAUAAUAAUAUUGACUAUUUUCUGCCAAAACAUGAACACCCAGUGAGCAAAAAUGGGUUAAGAUGACGUCUUUUCAACUUGUUUUCUUCACUGCAUUUACUGUGUAUUAUGUACAGUUGAAGUCGGAAGUUUACAUACAUCUUAGCCAAAUACAUUUAAAUUCCGUUUUUCACAAUUACUGACAUUUAAUCCUAGUUAAAUAUCCCUGUUUUAGGUCAGUUAGGAUCACCACUUUAUUUUAAGAAUGUGAAAUGUCAGAAUAAUAGUAGAGUGAUUUAUUUCAUCUUUUAUUUCUUUCAUCACAUUCCCAGUGGGUCAGAAGUUUACAUACACUCAAUUAGUAUUUGGUAGCAUUGCCUUUAAAUUGUUUAACUUUGGUCCAACAUUUCGGGUAGCCUUUCACAAGCUUCCCACAAUAAGUUGGGUGAAUUUUGGCCCAUUUCUCCUGACAGCUGGUGUAACUGAGUCAGGUUUGUAGGCUUCCUUGCUCGCACACGCUUUUUCAGUUCUUCCCACCAAUUUUCUAUAGGAUUGAGGUCCGGGCUUUGUGAUUCCCACUCCAAUGCCUUGACUUUGUUGUCCUUAAGCCAUUUUGCCACAGCUUUGGAAGUAUGCUUGGUGUUAUUGUCCAUUUGGAAGACCCAUUUGCGACCAAGCUUUAACUUGCUGACUGAUGUCUUGAGAUGUUGCUUCAAUAUAUCCACAUAAUUUUCCUCCCUCAUGAUGCCAUCUAUUUCAUGAAGUGCACCAGUCCCUCCUGCAGCAAAGCUCCCCCACAACAUGAUGGUGCCACCCCCCUGCUUCACGGUUGGGAUGGUGUUCUUCGGCUUGCAAGCCUCCCCCUUUUUCCUCCAAACAUAACGAUGGUCAUUAUGGCCAAACAGUUCUAUUUUUGUUUCGUCAGACUAGAGGACAUUUCUCCAAAAAGUACGAUCUUUGUCCCCGUGUGCAGUUGCAAACCGUAGUCUGGCUUUUUCAUGGCGGUUUUGGAGCAGUGGCUUCUUCCUUGCUGAGCUGCCUUUCAGGUUAUGUCGAUAUAGGACUCGUUUUACUGUGGAUAUAGAUACUUUUGUACCUGUUUCUUCCAGCAUCUUCACAAGGUCUUUUGCAGUUGUUCUGGGAUUGAUUUGCACUUUGAUGAACGUGGUACCUUCAGGUAUUUGGAAAUUGCUCCCAAGGAUGAACCAGACUUUUUUUUAUUUUUUGUUGUUGUCAUUUUUAGUAGACGCUCUUAUCCAGAGCAACUUACAGUAGAGUGCAUACAUUUUAUUACAUUUUUUACAUACUGAGACAAGGAUAUCCCUACCGGCCAAACCCUCCCUAACCCGAACGACGCUAUGCCAAUUGUGCGUCGCCCCACGGACCUCACGGUUGCGGCCGGCCGGCGACAGAGCCUGGGCGCGAACCCAGCCCAGCCUGGGCGCGAACCCAGAGACUCUGGUGGCGCAGCUAGCACUGCGAUGCAGUGCCCUAGACCACUGCGCCACCCGGGAGGCGGCAGACUUGUGGAAGUCUCCAUUUUUUUCCCGAGGUCUUGUCUGAUUUCCUUUGAUUUUCCCAUGAUGUCAAGCAAAGAGGCCCUGAGUUUGAAGGUAGGCCUUGAAAUACAUCCACAGGUACACCUCCAAUUGAAUCAAAUGAUGUCAAUUAGCCUAUCAGAAGCUUCUAAAGCCAUGACAUCCUUUUCUGGAAUUUUCCAAGCUGUUUAAAGGCACAGUCCACUUAAUGUAUGUAAACUUCUGACCCACUGGAAUUGUGAUACAGUGAAUUAUAAGUGAAAUAAUCUGUCUGUAAACAAUUGUUGGAAAAAUUACUUGUGUCACGCACAAAGUAGAUGUCCUAUCCAGACUUGCCAAAACUAUAGUUUGUUAACAAGAAAUUUGUGGAGUGGUUGAAAAACGAGUUAUAAUGACUCCAACCUAAGUGUAUGUAAACUUCCGACUUCAACUGUAUGUCUUAUUUUUAAUGUCAGCAAGCCAAGCUAGCCCAGGGUUCCCUUCUAUAUGCUUCCGUCUACUCGUCUUUCUUUGUCAAUGAAUGUCUCUAUUAAUCAAAGGAACAAUAUGUAUUAGUAACUAAUUAUAAUUAGUUCAAUUAUCUCCUUUUUUUUUUUUCUCUCUUAUCAACAUACAUUAACCACUCAAGUCUACUAUUCUCUGAAACCCAGAUAAGCUAGUCUGUAGUCUACAGGUUUAAUUUCUAAAAGUGUUCUAGGCGACAUAAAAUGUGUUGUUAAUCAUGACUUGUAAUGUGUGUUGUGCUAUAAGCACCUCUGCCCAUUCUAGUGCUACUCUUUACAUAUGGUAUGUGUGUGACUGAAAGCUGCACUUCCUGGGGAUUCCCUGUUAUGACAUGUUUUUACCAGGAAGUGGAAGGAACAAACACACAACUCUGUUAAUGUACAAGUUCAUGUUCUGUCAACUCUUUGGUCAAUAGGGGGGGGGGGGGGGGGGAUGAAACAAAAUGACAUUUAUGCAUAUGAAAAAAAUAUUUCUCUCUGUGUGUUUUCCCUUCUUAAAAUGAUCUAGACAGUGUUUAAGGAAACACUUUGUUUCCAAUAUGGAUUGAGCUGUUCUCCCCCCUAAGCCACUGGCCCAAGGCCUUAGUAGUUGUCAUUCUCUAUUGGUCAUGCAAUGCACCAAGACAUUUCUGUUAUCACAGGGCCUGAAUCCUAACUUUACAGACAUAUUCCUAACUCUGUGACCUCUCCAUAAAUCAUACAUUUAAGCAAAUAGGAAAGAUAAGCCUGAAAGGCAAGCUCAGACAACCCCCCUAUACAAGCCCGCUGACAUCCUACCUCCUCAUGCCAAAGCAAUGCCAAGGUACAGACGACUAGUGAGGUAGACUCAUUUAGGAACCAGUAGACAUGUACAGCUUACAGUGCAUUUGGAAAAUAUUCAGACCCCUUGACUUUUCCCACAUUUUGUUACAUUACAGCCUUAUUCUACAAUGGAUUUUUUUUUAAAUCCCCUCAUUAAUCUACACACGAUACCACAUAAUGACAAAGGAAAAAUAUUAUUUUUUUUGAUACACAUUUUAUUUAAAAAAUAAAACUGAAAUAUUACAUUUACAUAAGUAUUCAGACCCUUUUCCCAGUUCUUUGUUGAAGCACCUUUGGCAGAGAUUACAGCCUUGAGUCUUUGGUAUGACGCUACAAGCUUGGCACACCUGUAUUUGGGGAGUUUCUCCCAUUCUUCUCUGCAGAUCCUCUAAAGCUCUGUGAAGUUGGACGGGGAGUGUCGCUGCACAGCUAUUUUCAGGUCUCUCUAGAGAUGUUCGAUUGGGUUCAAGUCCGGGCUCUGGCUGGGCCAUUCAAGGACAUUCAGAGACUUGUCCCAAAGCCACUCCUGCAUUGUCGUGGCUGUGUGGUUAGGGUCAUUGUCCUGUUGAAAGGUGAACCUUCGCCCUAGUCUGAGGUCCUAAUCACUCUGUAGCAGGUUUUCAUCAAGGUUCUCUCUGUACUUUGCUCUGUUCAUCUUUCCUUUGAUCCUGACUAGUCUCCCAGUCCCUGCUGCUGAAAAACAUCCCCACAGCAUGAUGCUGCCACCACCAUGCUUCACCGUAGGGAUGGUGCCAGGUUUCCUCCAGACAUGACACUUGGUAUUCAGGCCAAAGAGUUCAGUCUUGGUUUCAUCAGACCAGAGAAUCUUGUUUCUAAUGCUCUGAGAGUCCUUAACUGCAAGCAGGCUGUGAUGUGCCUUUUUUUACUGAGGAGUGGCUUCCGUCUGGUCACUCUACCAUAAAGGCCAGAUUGGUGGAGUGCUGCAGAGAUGGUUGUCCUUCUGGAAGGGUCUCCCAUCUCCACAGAGGAACUCUGUCAGAGUGACCUUCUCCCCGAUUUGCAGCCAGCUCUAGGAAGAACCUUGGUUGUUCCAAACUUCUUCCAUUUAAGAAUGAUGGUGGCCACUCUUCUUGGGGACCUUCAAUGCUGCAGAAAUGUUUUGAUCCCCUUCCCCAGAUCUGUGCCUCGACACAAUCCUGUCUCGGCGUUCUAUGGACAAUACCUUUGACCUCAUGACUUGGUUUUUGCUCUGACAUGCACUGUCAAAUGGGACCUUUUUAUAGACAGGUGUGUGCCUUUCUAAAUCAUGUGCCAUCAUUUGAAUUUACCACAGGUGGACUCCAAUCAAGUUGUAGAAACAUCUCAAGGAUGAUCAAUGAAAACAGGAUGAACCUGAGCUCAAUUUUGAGUCUCGUAGCAAAGGGUCUGAAUAAUUAUUUAAAUAUUUUUUUUUAUAUAUAUUUUUUUAAAUAAAUUAGCAAGAGUGUUCAAACCUGUGUUGUCAUUAUGGGGUAUAGAUUGAUAAAAAACAAAAACAAUUUAAUCCAUUUUAGAUUGUGGAAAAAGUCAAGGUUAAAAAGUUAUGUCCCCUGACUUAUCCAUGUUAUGACACAUACCACUGUUUAGGUCACCUCAUUAUCUUGAUUUAGUUUAUUGUAUGGGAUUUGGGAGUAGCCUCUUGAUACUGACUUGAUACUGGGUCCAGGGACUGUCAACCAAACAGCCGUUACGCCAAGAGAUCCGAACCCCUUGAUGAGGUUGUUGGGUUAAAGUCGCUGCAAUAUCUACUGUAACUUUAGCCAAGUAGCUGACCUGCAAUAUCUACUGUAACUUUAGCCAAGUAGCUGAUCUGCAAUAUCUACUGUAACUUUAGCCAAGUAGCUGACCUGCAAUAUCUACUGUAACUUUAGCCAAGUAGCUGAUCUGCAAUAUCUACUGUAACUUUAGCCAAGUAGCUGAUCUGCAAUAUCUACUGUAACUUUAGCCAAGUAGCUGAUCUGCAAUAUCUACUGUAACUUUAGCCAAGUAGCUGAUCUGCAAUAUCUACUGUAACUUUAGCCAAGUAGCUGAUCUGCAAUAUCUACUGUAACUUUAGCCAAGUAGCUGAUCUGCAAUAUCUACUGUAACUUUAGCCAAGUAGGUGACCUGCAAUAUCUACUGUAACUUUAGCCAAGUAGCUGAUCUGCAAUAUCUACUGUAACUUUAGCCAAGUAGGUGACCUGCAAUAUCUACUGUAACUUUAGCCAAGUAGGUGACCUGCAAUAUCUACUGUAACUUUAGCCAAGUAGGUGACCUGCAAUAUCUACUGUAACUUUAGCCAAGUAGGUGACCUGCAAUAUCUACAGUAACUUUUGCUAAGUCACUGACUGGCAGUAUCUACAGUAACUUUUGCUAAGUCACUGACUGGCAGUAUCUACAGCAACUUUUGCUAAGUCACUGACUGGCAGUAUCUACAAUAACUUUUGCUAAGUCACUGACCGGCAGUAUCUACAGUAACUUUAGCCAAGUAGCCUGACCUCUGGGUUAGGGAGGUUAUAAAGUCAGCGGAUGUAUACAUAACAUUAGCUGUUAUGACUGUUUUAUGACACCUCUUACGUUAUUGCUAUGACAGCGUUAUGUAGACCGGAUGAUAGAGGGUCGGCGUAAAGUAGUGUUGCCCUGUUUAUAACAACAGACUAUGGGUCGCUACGGUAACUUUCCCCAAACUCCCCCAGGUUUUCCAGUAAUCCUGGCUGUGGGAACAUUCCUGAAAAUUAGGAGAGCAUAAACUGUAAAUCCGUGAAUUAGGAGAGCAUAAACUGUAAAUCCGUGAAUUCUGCAACCGGGCUUUUUCUGUAAAACCAAGGCAUAUUAGGAAAGUUACUGGGAUUGUGUAACCCUACUACAACCCCGUCCCCCUCGGACUGGGUCUGAAGUUGCCACUAGACAAAUUAUCAGGCCCGCUAUAGGAUCAGGAUAGAUUUAAAUGGAGAAUAAGAUCAUCCUAGAUCAAGUUACCCACCGACACUGAUAUCAAGUCAGUUAUGUGUCCUCCGCCAUAAUGUUUAAUGGAAGCUAAUCUGAUCCUAUACUCAACAAAAAAUAUAAACGCAACUUGCAACAAUUUAAAAAGUUUUUACUGAGAUACAGUUUAUUGAAGGAAAUCAGUCAAUAGGCCCUAAUCUACGGAUUUCACAUGACGGCAGCCGUGGAUCUGGGAGGGCCAGCCAAUCAGAAUUCGUUUUUUCCCCAACAAAAGGGCUUUAUUAUAGACAGAAAUACUCCUGAGAACCUCCCCUUCUUAGACGAUCCCGCAGGUGAAGAAGCCGGAUGUGGAGGUCCUUAGCUGACAUGGUUACGUGUGGUCUGCGGUUGUGAGGCCGGUUGGAUGUACCGCCAAAUUCUCUAAAACAACGUUGGAGGCAGCUUAUGGUAGAGAAAUGAACGUUCAAUUCUCUGGCAACAGCUCUGUUGGACGUUCCUGCAGUCAGCAUGCCAAUUCCACGCUCCCUCAAAUUUGAGACAUCUGUGGCAUUGUGUUGUAACCAAAUUACACAUUUUAGAUUGGCCUUUUAUUGUCCCCAGCACAAGGUGCACCUGUGUAAUGAUCGUGCUGUUUAAUCAGCUUCUUGAUAUGUCACCUGUCAGGUGGGUUAUCUUAGCAAAGGAGAAAUGCUCAUUAACAUGGAUGUAAACUAAUUUGUGCAGAAAACUUGAGCGAAAUAAGCUUUUUUUGUGCGUAUGGAACAUUUCUGGGAUCUUUUAUUUCAGCUCAUGAAACAUGGGACCAACACUUUUACAUGUUGCGUUUAUAUUUUAGUCACGUAUAGAUCUGUAUUAAGGGGCUGUAUGGACAGACCCUUAAAGCUCUUUUCUGUCUGCUUUUACCUGUCAACAAAAAAAUUAAUAAAAGAAAACAACAUGUACACAAACUAGUGUUUUGGUUCCAUCAGUCUGACCAUGUAAAGUCCUUUAAAAACUACAGCGUGUAAUUCCAGUGUAGGUUUACAUAGUUCUCAUAUCAUUACAACGCACCUGCCUGUAAUAACGAGCUGCAUCAAGCCUGUAACUCCUCAUUUUCACCACAAGGUGGUGACAUAUAGUCAUUCACUGUUGGCUGACAUUAAAAGUUACCCUGUUAGUCUUACAUCCCAGACCUAAGGCAAUUGGUAACAUUGUGGGAAGCACGGGGUUAUGGAUGAUUUUAAAUAUGUUAUUGGACCAUAAUCAGAUAUGGCUUAUUAACCUAUACGGACCAAAUCAUGAUGAUCCACAGGUCUUUGAAAAUAUCAUAAUUUAUCAACCCUACAGGCAAUACAAGACUCUAUUAUUAUAAUACUGUUUUUAAAAUACCUCAAUGGACUGAAAAGGAAAUAGCACUACAAACUAUCACCCUCGUGCUCUUAAGGAAAUCAUGAAUGUCAUGGAUAUGCACUGCUCAAAAAAAUAAAGGGAACACAUAAACAACACAAUGUAACUCCAAGUCAAUCACACUUCUGUGAAAUCAAACUGUCCACUUAGGAAGCAACACUGAUUGACAAUAAAUUGCACAUGCUGUUGUGCAAAUGCAAUAGACAAAAGGAGGAAAUUAUAGGCAAUUAGCAAGACACCCCCAAUAAAGGAGUGAUUCUGCAGGUGGUGACCACAGACCAAUUCUCAGUUCCUAUGCUUCCUGGCUGAAGUUUUUGGUCAGUUUUGAAUGCUGGCGGUGCUUUCACUCUAGUGGUAGCAUGAGACGGAGUCUACAACCCACACAAGUGGCUCAGGUAGUGCAGCUCAUCCAGGAUGGCACAUCAAUGCGAGCUGUGGCAAAAAGGUUUGCUGUGUCUGUCAGCGUAGUGUCCAGAGCAUGGAGGCGCUACCAGGAGAUAGGCCAGUACAUCAGGAGACGUGGAGGAGGCCGUAGGAGGGCAACAACCCAGCAGCAGGACACACCCCUCUCAACUCACAUGACGAACCACAUGUCUUAGAAACUUCACAAAGGGCUUUUUACUUGAAAUAGGAGUAUCCCAUCCAGAUAGAAUUAGCUAUAAAUUAUCGUUCAGUUUGGUAUCUUUAGACGAGAUUCUGAUCUCGUUCUUGGUACCACUUAGGACCAAAACAUUACCUCAUCCAAUGGCAUAUAUCAAUUGUCAAUUCUAGAUACGCCCAUCUCAAAUACACUCCCUCUUCUCCCCACUCCUGGAGAAGCUCACUAAGGGGAGUGGACCUCUAGGGCAUAUACUAUGAAAGAUAAGUUCAACAUCAGAAGAGGUGGUAUAAUGGUUCCAGACACUGCUAUACUCCCCCCCCAAUGGGAAAAGAGGGGGUGACUGGAUUACAGACAUAGUGGAGCCCUUCACAUGGUUUCACAGAUGUUUCGCAUAUUACCAGACAUGUAAAAGACAAGCCUGACCUCUCCCCUCUCUGGGCCCCAAGUGACUUUUCCCUAGAGGAGAAAGGAAAAUGCAACUGCCAACAGUAUAGUCCAAAAGAAGACAUUCUAAUGACAAGUAUAAAGAUAAAUAAAACAUAUUAUUUAUAUAUGUUACUUAACUAAUUCUGAUUCAGCUACGACAACCAUGACGGACCCUCCACCGCCAAAUCGAUCCCGCUCCAGAGUACAGGCCUCGGUGUAACGCUCAUUCCUUUGACGAUAAAUGCGAAUCCGAUCAUCACUCCUGGUGAGGCAAAACCGCUACUCGUCAGUGAUGAGCACUUUUUACCAGUCCUGUCUGGUCCAGCGACGGUGGGUUUGUGCCCAAAGGCGACAUUGUUGCCAGUGAUGUCUGGGGAGGACCUGCCUUACUACAGGCCUACAAGCCCUCAGUCCAGCCUCUCUCAGACUAUUGCGGACAGUCUGAGCACUGAUGGAGGAAUUGUGCGUUCCUGGUGUAACUCGGAGGAACUUCUGGAUGCAAUUGUUUUUAUAUAUAUUUUUUAUUUUACCUUUAUUUAACCAGGUAGGCAAGUUGAGAACAAGUUCUCAUUUCAGAUUUGCGACCUGGCCAAGAUAAAGCAAAGCAGUUUGACACAUACAACAACACAUAGUUACACAUGGAGUAGAACAAACAUACAGUCAAUAAUACAGUAGAAAAAUAAGUCUAUAUACAAUGUGAGCAAAUGAGGUGAGAUAAGGGAGGUAAAGGCAAAAAAAGACCAUGGUUGCGAAGUAAAUACAAUAUAGCAAGUAAAACACUGGCAUGGUAGAUUUGCCGUGGAAGAAUGUACAAAGUAGAGAUAGAAAUAAUGGGGUGAAAAUAAUAAUAAUAAUUACCUAGAAGGGUCUUGUAGAUGACCUGAAGCCAGUGGGUUUGGCGACGAGUAUGAAGCGAGGGCCAGCCAACAAGAGCAUACAGGUCACAGUGGUGGGUAGAAUAUGGGGCUUUGGUGACAAAACAGAUGGCACUGUGAUAGACUGCAUCCAAUUUAUUGAGUAGGGUUUUGGAGGCUGUUUUGUAAAUGACAUCACCGAAGUCGAGGAUCGAUAGGAUGGUUAGUUUUACGAGGGUAUGUUUGGCAGCAUGAGUGAAGGAUGCUUUGUUUGUGAAAUAGGAAGCCAAUUCUAGAUUUAACUUUGGAUUGGAGAUGUUUGAUGUGAGUCUGGAAGGAGAGUUUACAGUCUAACCAGACACCUAGGUAUUUGUAGUUGUCCACAUAUUCUAAGUCACAACGGUCCAGACUAGUGAUGCUGGACGGGCGGGCAGGUGCGGGCAGCGAUCGGUUGAAGAGCAUGCAUUUAGUUUUACUUGUAUUUAAGAGCAGUUGGAGGCCACGGAAGGAGAGUUGUAUGGCAUUGAAGCUCGUCUGGAGGGUUGUUAACACAGUGUCCAAAGAAAAAAUACACAUAUUGAUUUUGUGAGAUUUGAUUUUGAGUGACAUUGACAAUGUUAAUAAAAAUAGAUGUGUAAUUUUUUUGUAGUAAAUGUUUAGGCAAUAAUUAAAAGGAUUCCACCCUGUUCACUGUAAAACAUAUGGAAAUGUGUUUGAAUUAUAGCAGACAAAGAACUGUGGCAGACAACUAAUGACCACUGUGAAUCUGAUAGCAGGGAACGAGGUCUUCCCACUCAGAGAGAGGGGAAACCGUUGGGCUUGCAAUAGAUGGGGUAACAUAUGGCAGGAUAUGAUAAGCAAUGUAUUGGUCUGGAUUAUUCUUGUAUACAAUUGAUGUAUCAGUGUGUAUUAUUUAGUCAUUGAGGGUGGAUUGUUAGGUGAGAAUUAUCGGUUAAUUGAAUGAUUAGAAUAUUCCGCCCUGAAACAUAUAAUUGUAUGGAAGUGAUUAGAAUGUAUAACAUCAUAAUCAAUAAAUGUGUAGUCCUAGUCAGAAUGAGGGUAAAGACAGCAUGUCUUUAUGGUAUUAUAAACACAGACUGUCUGAGCUCGGUGCCGACCUGACUAGAGAUUAGGAGAGAACAGGGAGUAUGACUCAAGGACAAGGUCACUAAUCUCUGGCAGCUGGGUAGCAGGGCGUGUGUGUGUGUGUGUGUGUGUGUGUGUGUGUGUGUGUGUGUGUGUGUGUGUGUGUGUGUGUGUGUGUGUGUGUGUGUGUGUGUGUGUGUGUGUGUGUGUGUGUGUGUGUGUGUGUGUGUGUGUGUGUGUGUGUGUGUCUGUGUGUGUGUCUGUGUGUGUGUGUGUGUGUGUCUGUGUGUGUGGUUGUGUGAAUGUGUGGGCGUGAGAAGUCAGUAUAAAAUGAAUUGUUUUGUAUUCCUGACUUUAGAACGUUCCGUGAAUAAACCUUUUUGACUAUUUUAGCUGGGCCUCCUUCUGUUUCAUUCGACCAGGAUCUUACAAAUUCUGGUUUGCAGACUGAGUAAUAUAUUUAAAUUGGGUUAUGAACCUGGGCAACGAUCGGUUGAAGAGCAUGCAUUUAGUUUUACUUGUAUUUAAGAGCAGUUGGAGGACACGGAAGGAGAGUUGUAUGGCAUCGAAGCUCGUCUGGAGGGUUGUUAACACAGUGUCCAAAGAGGGGCCAGAAGUAUAUAGAAUGGUUUUGUCUGCGUAGAGGUGGAUCAGAGACUCACCAGCAGCAAGAGCGACAUCAUUGAUGUAUACAGAGAAGAGAGUCGGCCCGAGAAUUGAACCCUGUGGCACCCCCAUAGAGACUGCCAGAGGCCCGGACAACAGGCCCUCCAAUUUGACACACUGAACUCUAUCAGAGAAGUAGUUGGUGAACUAGGUUAGGCAAUCAUUUGAGAAACUAAGGCUAUCGAGUCUGAGGAUGUGGUGAUUGACAGAGUCGAAAGCCUUGGCCAGGUCAAUGAAUACGGCUGCACAGUAUUGUUUCUUAUCGAUGGCGGUUAAGGUAUCGUUUAGGACCUUGAGCGUGGCUGAGGUGCACCCAUGACCAGCUCUGAAACCAGAUUGCACAGCGGAGAAGGUGCGGUGGGAUUCAAAAUGGUCGGUAAUCUGUUAACUUGGCUUUCAAAGACCUUAGAAUGUCAGGGUAGGAUAGAUAUAGGUCUGUAACAGUUUGGGUCUAGAGUGUCCCCCCCUGUGAAGAGGGGGAUGACCGCAGCUGCUUUCCAAUCUUUGGGAAUCUCAGACGACAAGAAAGAGAGGUUGAAAAGGCUAGUAAUAGGGGUUGCAACAAUUUCGGCAGAGCAUUUUGGAAAGAAAGGGUCUAGAUUCUAUAGCCCGGCUGAUUUGUAGGGGUCCAGAUUUUGCAGCUCUUUCAGAACAUCAGCUGACUGGAUUUGGGAGAUUUGGGAGAAGGAGAAAUGGGCAAGGCUUGGGCGAGUUGCUGUGGGGGGUGCAGUGCUGUUGACCGGGUUAGGGUUAGCCGGGUGGAAAGCAUGGCCAGCCGUAGAAAAAUGCUUAUUGAAAUUCUCAAUUAUAGUGCCUUUAUCGGUGGUGACAUAGUUUCCUAUCCUCAGUGCAGUGGGCAGCUGGGAGGAGGUGUUCUUAAAGCCUUUAAGUCUGGGAAAUUUCCAGGGCUGGAUGGACCAGUUGAGGUAUACCAAACCUUUUUUAAUAUACUCAGAGGACCGUUAUUACCAUGUUUUAACUAGGGAUGCUCCGAUAUGUUUUUGGUCGAUACCGAUAUAAUAUUUUCCUGGCCUCACCCGAAAAAAUGAUACCGAUAACCGCAUUUUACAUUUUAGCUGCCUUUUAAGCAUUAUAGUACAAUUAAAUAGUUCCAGAAUGUAUCACAUCCGGCCGUGAUUGGAAGUCCCAUAGGGCGAUGCACAAUUGGCCCAGCGUAGUCCGGGUUUGGCCGGGGUAGGCCGUCAUUGUAAAUAAGAAUUUGUUCUUAACUAUUAUUUAAAUAAAGGUUACACACACCACACCACACUGACAACAAAGUUAUUCUGUUGGCAUUUACGUAUGUGCCCGUAUGUCCCCGUAUGUCCCCGUAUGUCCCCGUAUGUCCCCAUUACCAGUAAAACAUAAUCAAAACCUAUUUCUUUCACUUGCUGUGCUGUUUCAUUGUUUAUUUGUUCAGUCGUUUCAUUCUCAACCAGGAUUUCGAUGAAACGCCGUUUGGGUCUUUGCGUGUCAAAAAAGAUAUACGUUAAAAAGCACUAUUUGACGAGUCAAAUAAGCUUGAUGACCAAUCAGGACCUGAAUAUGUCUGCAGGUCACAUAAUAAUUGAAUGAAUAAUUGAACACGUUCAUAAAUGUUUUUCUUCGUUUUUAUACAUUGAUUACACUAUCACUCGUAUUUCAUAUGUCACAACGAUUCAUCGAUACAUAUGCUAUGAUGCUGGUAAAGUUGUCUCGUGCACCUACAGUGUUGGUCAUUAGAAAAACUAGCUCAUGGAUGCAAACAAAGUUCUUUCCCAAAAACAUAGUAAAACGACAUCUGUUUCAGUAGCUAUAGUUAGCUAGCUGACCCUAGCCCCCCGACACAAACUACCCCCAAAACAUAGCAAAACGACAAUAUAGUUAGCUAGCUGACCCUAGCCCCCCGACACAAACUACCCCCAAAACAUAGCAAAACGACAAUAUAGUUAGCUAGCUGACCCUAGCCCCCCGAAACAAACUACCCCCAAAACAUAGCAAAACGACAAUAUAGUUAGCUAGCUGACCCUAGCCCCCCGACACAAACUACCCCCAAAACAUAGCAAAACGACAAUAUAGUUAGCUAGCUGACCCUAGCCCCCCGACACAUAAACUACCCCCAAAACAUAGCAAAACGACAAUAUAGUUAGCUAGCUGACCCUAGCCCCCCCCGACACAUAAACUACCCCCAAAACAUAGCAAAACGACAAUAUAGUUAGCUAGCUGACCCUAGCCCCCCGACACAUAAACUACCCCCAAAACAUAGCAAAACAACAAUAUAGUUAGCUAGCUGACCCUAGCCCCCCGACACAUAAACUACCCCCAAAACAUAGCAAAACGACAAUAUAGUUAGCUAGCUGACCCUAGCCCCCCGACACAUAAACUACCCCCAAAACAUAGCAAAACGACAAUAUAGUUAGCUAGCUGACCCUAGCCCCCCGACACAUAAACUACCCCCAAAACAUAGCAAAACGACAAUAUAGUUAGCUAGCUGACCCUAGCCCCCCGACACAUAAACUACCCCCA